UUUACUUUCUGCUGCUGUGCAAGCAAAGACACUUUGCAUUAUCUUUACGGAAUGAACUACACAGCAGAUCCUGAAAAUGCUGAGUUGCGCCAUGUUGUUCAGGUGGUGGCCACAGUUACCUUUAGCUUCAUUUUCAUACUUGGUGUUAUGGGAAAUGGAACAGUAAUUUGGAUAACAGGAUUUCGCCUCAGAAGAACCAUAAACACAGUAUGGUUUCUAAAUUUAGCUCUAGCAGACUUUAUAUCAACAUUUUUGGUUCUAGUUACUGUCCUUUACUUGUCACUGGACCUUCACUGGCCAUUUGGACCUAUCCUGUGCAAACUGGUUAAUUGUAUGUUUGGACUUAGCAUCUACACUAGUAUUCUUUUGUUAACUGCCAUCAGUAUUGAUCGCUGUGUGCUGGUGCUGUUUCCUGUUUGGUGUCAAAAUUACCGCACAACUAGGCUAGUGUCAGCUGCUUGUAUAGUAAUUUGGGUCCUUUCUAUAGCCCUUGUACCAGGCUCUUAUACACUUUCAGAGAUGUCCACGGAAAGAAACCGAAGCUCCUGCAAGAACCUGGAUGUUUUUGAGGAUUGGGAGAGAAGAGAAGCUGAUAUUUUUACAGUCUGCAUCUUUUUAUACCAGUUUUUGGUGCCUCUAAGUAUUAUACUUAUUUCUUAUGCAAUUCUCCUUAUUACACUCCAUAGGAAAAAGCUUAACAGGUCUAGCAAACCAUUUCUUGUUGUCACUGGAGUGGUUUUCUCCUUUUUUCUAUGCUGGCUUCCCUAUCAUGCCUUUGCUCUGGCUCGAGUGUGUCUAGGUAGCCUACCUCUUGAGGUCAGCCUGAUAGGUGUACCACUUUCAAAGUGCCUAGCUAUGUUCAAUAGCUGCAUCAAUCCAAUACUCUAUGUUUUUGUUGGUAGGGAAUUCAAGGAUGCAGUCAAAAGGUCACUGACCCAAGUUUUUAAAGCUGCUUUUGAGGAACAAUAGAAAAUAUAGAUGCUAUGGAAAAACAAUACAAGAUUUACAAUUGACAUAAAAUGAAUCAGUGAUCAAAAAGGACAGAAGAAACAAAAUUGCCCAAGAAAGACAUUUAUAUCAAUUGCAUGAUGAGAUGAAAGAGAACUCAACAAAUAUAUUGUGGGUUAAAGUCAAAGAUUAAAACUCAAACAAUGUUCCUUAAAUGUAUUUGAAAGUUAACAUUCAGAAAUGGAAUAUACACAAUUUCUGUUUCCAGCAACGUUUGUCAGUUCUAAGGAUAACAUAAAAUUGUUACUUUGGCCAGAUAUGACUGUGCUGUAUCUAAAUAAGGAUUUAACUUCAACCCCUAAGGCUACAACAAAGUCAUAAUUAAAAAAAUCAAGGUGACUAAUCCUGAUCAACUCCUCUGUUUUCAGUCCGGGCCAUUAAAUGCUGAAGUUGGACAACCCUUUUUUGUAAAAUUAAGGACUGAUAGAGUAGUUGUCACCUUAAACAGUUUUAUAACAAUUUGAAUAUAAAGUGAUUUCGGACUUAUUUUACCCAUCCAAUAAUUACAGGUUUGGGCAGAUACAGUACAGCUGCCCACUACUCUAUUCCUGAAGGGGAUAACAGACCAUGAUUGUCUGGGGAUAAAAGGUGCAGGGCGUAUUUUGACAAAAUCAGAUUUCCAGGUGAGAGGAGAGAUAAUUAAGCUUCAAAAGAAAGGGAAAUUGUUGUGAUUGUUAAACCCCUAUUAGACUGCAGACAAAAAUGAAAUCUGUAACUCUCAUUGGAAUUUAUUGUCUUUGUUGUUCCUAAUAAAUCAUGAUUUGUGUGUAUUUGUAAACCUGUGUGCCCAAGUUAUAGAUUGUAUUAUAAAGUCACAACUAAAAUACCAUCAAUACAAUGUUAUUGUAUGCAUUGUUAAUAGAGAGGGAGUAUUGUGUUAUGCACUUCAAAAAAAAUCACAAACAUUAAUUUGUGUAAUACACUCAACUUGUGAAGUGAAAUUGUAUUUGUGAAAUAUGUGCCUUAAAACUAUUUUACAUAUGAACAUUGUUUAAAUGUACAGUCCUUUUAUAAACAAGGCAAAGUGUCCUACCAAUAAAAAUAAAUAAAACCA